GGGGGCAUGCUCAGUUUAAUUAGCUAAACAUUAUCAUAAUAUAAAUAAAUAACAAUCAUUCAGAUGUACUACUACUGUCAGAGUUCACAUUGCUAUGCUAAUUCAUUUUCACACUAGGCGUAACGCUAAGUAAAUUAAGUGUGGGAAAAUGAAAAUAAAAUUCAUUCAUAAAAAAUUGCCCGGAAGUAAUUAGUUGUCUGCGCAGCUGAGUUCACGCAGCAUAUUUGUGAUGUUUGUCUUCCGCUUAAGACCGAGAAUAGUACGUGUUUACAGACCGACAAGGUACAAUGAACAAUGAAGUCAUCCGUGGAUGAAAUCAUUCAGUCCUCAGCGAAAAUGAGACCCAAAUCUUAAUGGCCGCCCAUAACGGAGAAUUAGGAGGGUAUUUCUCCUCCUCCCGCACCGUGGGCUGGUGCGAGUUUUGUGAGAAUCAAGCCGUCACUGCCUCGGAACAAUUUGUCCGUAGCUUCCUGGAUUUCCAAAGAAAUCAGUACACUUCCGCGGAGUCUGUACCCCGUGACCCCGUGAUGUACGCCAGGAAGUUUGUGGAGUAUUUUCUGCAGAACUUCGAGCGACAGAUCAAAAGGACUUCUUACUACUUGGAGUCACAGACUCAGAUUAAAUCCACGUUUCAAGGCAGUGACCCACUCUUUUCAGGACUUUCUAAUGAGCAUCAUAAUCUAUCGCGAGAGUCCAGCUUUGCCUCACAGGCUUCCAGAUCCCCCACGAACGGUGCGCCACAUAAUCCAAUAGUGGAUGACUAUUCAGACAAUGUGACAACUGUCAACACGUCUGUUUCAUCUGACGUAAAGCCCAAGCAUGCCCAAAAAGAGAAAGGGUUUCUUCGUAGAUUUUCGUUUCGUAAACAUAAACGAUCAGUUAAACAUAACAGUGACGGCGUUGAAGUGACAGGAAAUCAUAGAAAGUUUAAGAAUAGUUCAAGGAAUAAGGGAGAUAAAUCUAAUGUUAGGUCCGAAAUUCAUAGUGAGGUAAAGCGAGAUAGCGUGGUAAAUGUCCUCACAGGCGAGGAUUCCAAAGGGAAGUCACGGUGGGAGAAAACGAGACUGGUGCUUAAAGAGGCGACAGGGGGAUCUUUGAUGGAGUUCUAUUCACCCCCAAAGUCAAUGAAACCAAAGGCGGGACUCUUCUGCUUUCUCAUUACUGAGGCAAGGGAGACAACCUCACUAGAAAUGCCCGACAACCACCAGCAUACGUUUGUUUUAAAGGGGCAGGGCACCAGUGAGUAUGUGAUUGAGGCCCAGAAUCAUGAGGACAUGAGAGCGUGGCUCUCUUUGAUUGGUGGGUGUAUCAGCCAACCCAGCACUCCGGCUGAGCCUGUGUCUCCUCCCCUGCGUACAGAGGACCUUGAUGACUCGAUCGGCCCAAUGCGACCACGACUGCCAACAGCUCCCAGCAGAUCCACAGGAGAUCGGAAGGAGAUGACUGCGUUACAGCGAAGCUCUUCCCAAGGCAGUCUGGGUAGUAACCCUCCCCCUGACAUCCCACCCAGGCCUCGCCCCAUCAGCAGCCACAGUGACAUCAUCCAGACACGAAUCUCCUCAUCAGAGGCUCUCAACAUGUCAUCAUCCCCUGGGAGGCUUCACAGUGACCUAGACUCAAGUCGAGACGAGACACAUGUGGAGCAGAUGUUAAGGGAAUAUCCAUGGUUCCACGGAACGCUGUCACGCUUAGAGGCUGCCCAGCUCGUCCUACAGCAGGGCCACCUCGGGCAUGGAGUGUUUCUUGUGCGACAGAGCGAGACCAGGAAAGGAGAAUAUGUCCUAACCUUCAACUUCCAAGGUCGUGCCAAGCAUUUACGGAUGACAAUUAACAAUGAUGGCCAGUGUCGAGUCCAGCAUUUGUGGUUCCAGUCAAUAUUUGACAUGUUAGAACAUUUCCGCACUCAUGCAAUUCCUCUGGAAUCAGGUGGCUCCUCAGAUGUCACUCUAACAGACUAUGUGGUGGCCAUGGAGCGUCCAAGAACACCUCAGAUGUUACGUGGUUCCCCAAGAUCAAGGGGCGGGGCUCUUGGCUCCAAUCCCAGUCUUGGGAGAAGCCCUGGCAAUGUGCCCAGCCCCAAUGAUCCAAGUGGCCGUGAAGUGGUGGUCAUUAGUGGGUCAGUGAGAGCAACAACAGAAUCCUUAGAGAAUGUGAUGCGAGAGCAGGCCCAGGGCCAAGGGCCUCACGGCAGGGCAGUGGAGAACCAAUACUCCUUUGUGUGAGAGCCCCCACAGUGUCCAUUAUUAACAUUCAAAGUCAUGACAGUGACUGCCAAUAAAAAUCAAAAUAGAGAUCAAAGGGGAAAAAAUUAAUUGAUGACAUGUUUGAUGUCAGAGUUUGAGGUUAUGGUGACCAUCUUCUUAGAUUGUGAAUGGCCCUGAGCCGACUUUGUAAUAAAGUUCUUGGGGCCAGCAAGAUUUGUUCUGUCAUCCUUGUGACAGCAGUCUAUUUUUACCGUACAUAAUUGUGAUAAUGUUGUAGAUCACUCUAUUUAAUGAGGUACUUGUUUUCGUUUGUUAAAUGUUUAUUUAGUUGUGAUUGAGUACACAUUUUAGAAAACUGCACAAUUCCAGAAUGCAUGUGUUACCAGAGCAUGUUUCUUUUAUAUUAUGUGAUCAUUGUUGUUAUUAACUUUUUAAAUAGAUCAGGAAUCAGCACUCAGUUUAAGAAAUCUUUAUUAGAUAUUGUAUGUUUUAACUUUGCAUGAUUUUAAUAAGGGAGAUAAUUUUAGAGUUUGAUGCUUUAUUUUAAUGUUCAUUUUUGCAACGUGGAAACCUUAAAACAGUUAUUUGUUAAAGUUAAUUUAUCUAGAUUAUGUCAUAUUUGUUUUGCUUUUUUUUCUAAUCGAAAAUGAAUGACACCUGAAUUGUUUGUAAAAUUAGAUUUGGAACAUUGUAUAAAGAUAUUAAACAUGAAAGGACAAUAGAUGAUAACAGCCCCUGUAAAGCUAAAAAGAAUUUAAAGGAAGACUAAAUCUUUUUUGCUUCAUAAAGGAGAUGGUGUACAAUGCUGUUUUACAUGAUUUGUAUCUAAUACAGUCAUUUGGACUACGUAGCUUCUAAAGUGACACAGUUUCUCAAUUUUAAUCAUUUGGUCAAAAUGCUCAUUAUGUGAAUGCUUGUCUUUCAGAAAACAUGGAGUGCAGCAUUGGGCAAACAAAAUUGUUCUAUCAUGUGAAUAUAGGAAAUGGAUGGUAUUAGCUCAAAGUUUGUUCAAGCUUGCUCUUGAUGUUUUGUAGAAGUAAAACUGCAUGAAAAAGACAUUUGAUAUCAUUGUACCAAAAAUAGCAGCAAAACAUCAUGUUUAUGAUGUCAUAAUUCCAGUUUUACAUCAUUUUGAUCAAACUUAGAAUAACAGUUGAGUUACAUCAAGAUUCUUUGAUUUUGAAACAGAACACAAAUUUUCAUUUUGAUGGACUAAUAUAGCCAUCAUCAUAUACAGUCCUUUGAUUAAAUUGUGUCUGUGGUUUAAUUGUAUUCACUUCGCUCUGUUCUACUGUGUUUAGGAAUCUUGUAAUACCAUUCUAGGAAUCUAGUUUUACGUAAAAUAUGUUUGCUAAUUCAGUAAAUCGGCAAAAUUGCUGUAUGCUAAUCCACAGCAAAAAUAAGCAGAUUCAAAAGGUUGAAGGAUUAAUUUGGAACUGUUCUUGUUUCAGACUUUCAUGAUUGAUUUCUUUGUGUAAGGAUUGAGGAUUGUUAAAGAUUCAAACUUCCUUUUAUAUUGAAUGUCUUUCCUGUGAGGAAAACUUUAAUACUCUGGUUUAAUAUUUUUGUUUAUAUGAGAUAAUUUGGUCGCCUUCCUUCCUGGUUGUGGUUCGUCAAUAGAAUACAAUCUCUAAAAUUAGGUAUUUCAAAACCAUACAUUUUUGAAGACCCUAUUUACAGUUCAGAUUAGAAUUUCAGAACUGUUUUGUCAUUAAAAGUGGACAAUGGUUUACAGUAUAUUUCAUGUAUACAGUGAAUCCACAUCUAAUUAAAUUUUACAAAUUGUAUAUACAGUAUCUUUGUCAUAAACUAUCAAGAACUGGAGAAUUGUCACCAAAUUAAUUAAAAUGUACAUGGACUGACUGAGUAACGUUUAUCAAGUUUUAGGGUAUUCAGUGUGUAACAAAAGGAGAUUGAACAAUUUUGAAUGAUUUAAAUCAAGAUAAAUAUUUAUUGUUAUAAUAAUAAUGAAAGUGAAAUAGUUCAAAUUUACAUGACUGGUAAAUGAUUAGAACAAUUUUGGAAGACCUACUCACCCUUGAUAAAAGUUGGAAAAAUCUAAUUUUCUAAAAAUGAUUGUGAUAAAUGAUUAAUUUCAGUUCAUAUUUUUACAAAGAGGUUUUUAUGAAAAUACGAUGUCUUAUAAAAAUAUUUUAAUAAGACAUGCUCUUCCUACAGACUUCAAUGUAAAAUUCAAGGUCAAAUAAAUCAAGAAGAAAUCAAAAUUUUGUAAAUUCCUAUAGUGGGUUAUUUUUAUUUCAUAAUCCCCUCAAAAAGACCCCAUGAUUACCAAAGUCACACCAUUCAUUUAUUAAAAAUGAAAUAUGUUCAUAAUACAUUGAAUACCUUAAAAACUUGUUAAGAGAUGGCAGUUUUUGUAAUUCUAAGAAUCCUUUACUGAACAGAAGUAGUCUCCUAUACAACGGCAAAUACUGGGAUAGUGUUUUCGCAUGUUUCAAAUGACGUAUUUUCAUGUCUUGUGUAAUAAUGAACAAAGAGUUGAAGUGGGUUUUUUAAUAUAUAUAAGAGCAGACCUUGUAGGUUUAUUUUUAGAAAUUUAUAAGUGUGUUAUUAAUUUAUAGCGAUGUUUGUUUAUAUGUGUGAAUGAUAAGUUUAUCAUGAUGUGUUCACUGACUUAUAAAAGGAAUGAAACAGGGAAUGGGAAGGUUACUUGUAUGGAAUAAAUGUGUGUCGAUUUAUAACAGAAAUUUAUUGUGAUUAACUUUAAUGAAAUCUGAAAUCCGAUUUUUAGGAUUUACAGAGUAUAUGGUGUUUGAGAAUGCGGAAUUUGUUGUUGACUAUUUACAAUUCUGUCGUGAUAUAUUGAAAUGUUUAAUGAUUUUGUGUAUGUGCUAUUGAAUGUUUUUGAUUGACAUCAAUUCUAUACUCUGUGUAGUACAAUGUACUAUCUAUUGUAUCAAAUAAUGAUAACAAAAUAAAAAGAAAUGGAAAUAGCA